CUUCGGAGACCGGAAACCGGUGUCUGUGACCGAAAGGAAGUGGUUUCGGGCGGAGAGGGGGGGCGGUUGUCCCGGCUGGAACCGUGAGGGGCCUGAGAAGCUACUCGGCGAAUAUCUUUCGGGCGCUGGCAGGGCAGAGAUAUUAUCGAAAAGGCUCUAGGGGCAAAGAACCAACCAUCUGAUAAGAAGAGAUGGAUGGAGAAGAGAAGACGUAUGGGGGCUGUGAAGGCCCUGAUGCUAUGUAUGUGAAAUUGAUAUCCUCAGAUGGCCAUGAGUUCAUUGUUAAAAGAGAGCAUGCACUCACAUCGGGAACAAUAAAAGCUAUGUUGAGUGGUCCAGGACAAUUUGCCGAAAAUGAAACAAAUGAAGUGAAUUUCAGAGAGAUUCCUUCCCACGUCCUAUCCAAAGUAUGCAUGUAUUUCACCUAUAAGGUUCGCUACACUAACAGCUCUACAGAGAUCCCUGAAUUUCCAAUUGCACCUGAAAUUGCACUGGAACUGCUGAUGGCCGCAAACUUCUUAGAUUGUUAAAGUAAAUUAUAAUAAAAAUGUAAACCUUUUUUCCUCCCAAUAUUUAAUGCACGUAGUUCAGUUAGUAACUUUUUCAUAUGGCAUGUUCUGUAUGUUUGGUUAAGAAGUGUAAUGGUCACUGCAGAGGCUAUUGUUCACAGUGAUUUUGCAUAGGAAUCAUUCAUGCUCUGUUUUUGUUUUGCUGCUUACACAAGUAACAGACUUCUUACCAACUGACAAAUAAACAUGCUAAUUUAGUGGACGACUUUGCCCUAUCCUUUUUGUGAUGACAGAACUCUAUUUUUCAUGCUCUUAACCCACUGAAAUAAGAGAAGUGCUUUCUGAGAGCAGAUCUCAGCUAAGACUCCAAUUCUGUAUCAACUUAGAGUAUGCCCCAUUGAGUUCAAUUGGACUUACUUCUGACCAGGAUGCAUUGCAGAUAUCUUUUUUUAAGGUUUCUUUUUUGCUUUGUCUUUUAUGUUAUCUCAAUUUUCACACUGUUCUGAUUAAAUUGAUUGCUCUCU